AGGAGGAGGCUGAGCCAGAGCAGGUGUCUCUGCUGACAUCUGCUUCAGUUCACUGGGGAAACACAAGCACCCUGCAGCUACAGCGCUGACAAUGCCACUGAAGUGCCCUGCUCUACAUAAACAAGCCGGCUCUCUAGGUAGACUGGAGUAAACACUCUAAGAGAACAGAGAGAAGAGGGAAGAUGACAGAGCUGUCAGCGCUCUGAGAGAUACACACCGGUGAGAACAUUUGUUACGGCUGGCCGAUAAGACUCUCUUCAACAUUGCUUCAGCUUGCAUUUCCUAAUCAGUGGAGAGGCUUUCAAUUGUGCUUGAGGAUUUGAACCAAUUACUCCAGAUUUGAUAACUCUGACAACGCCAUCCAGUUGCUACUUCCUCAGAAGCUGCAGUAAUAGGGUGUCAUCAUGGGGAUGAAAGGAAUCCUCUUAGUCUGCGUGACCACGGUGCUUCUUCUUCAGCUCUCUACUGCUGGCCUGGUCAAGAAAGUCAUCCGCCACCGUAGAGAGACUCUGAUGCCCAAGAAAACCCAAGAGAACCUCACUCUGCCUAACCCUGAUCAGCCGGUAGUGUUCAACCACGUCUACAACAUCAACGUCCCAUCUUCGUCUCUCUGUUCUGUGGACCUCGACUCACCCAGUGGCACAGAACCCAAACACCAGAAUAUGGACAUGCAGAACACGGAGCACAUGGAGCAUACGGUGGAUGGCGAUAAUCAGAUUGUUUUCACUCACCGCAUCAACAUCCCCAAGCAGGCAUGUGGCUGUGACAACCAGCUGCCAGACAUCAAGGAUAUCCUGAACAGGUUGGAGAUGCUGGAGUCGGAGCUGUCUGCUCUGAGAGAACAGUGUAGUAGUGGAGAAGGCUGCUGUGGAGCUCACGUUACAGGUGAGGUAUCCACAAAGCCUUACUGUAAUGGCCGUGGGAACUGGAGCAGCGAGACCUGCAGCUGUGUCUGCGAACUGGGAUGGAAGGGUCCCAACUGUACUGAACCGGAGUGCCCCAAUGACUGCCAGGACCAGGGUCGCUGCUUGGAUGGCAAAUGCGAAUGCUUCGAAGGUUUCGGUGGUGAUGACUGUGGUAUUGAGCUCUGUUUGCUGGACUGUGGAGACUACGGCCACUGUGUUGAAGGGUCUUGCCUGUGCGAGGAGGGCUUCAUCGGUGAGGACUGCUCUCAGACCAACUGCCUCAACAACUGCCUGGGCCGUGGACGAUGUGUAGACGAUGAGUGUAUUUGUGAUGAACCGUGGACAGGCUUCGACUGCUCCGAACUCAUCUGUCCCAAUGACUGCUACGACCGUGGACGCUGCAUCAACGGUACCUGCUAUUGUGACGAAGGUUUCACCGGAGAGGAUUGUGGCGAACUCACAUGUCCCAAUAACUGUAACAGCCGUGGUAUGUGUGUUAAUGGCCAGUGUGUGUGUCAGACCGGCUACAGUGGAGAAGACUGUUCGAAGCUUACUUGUCCCGGCAACUGUAAUGAGAGAGGCCAUUGCUUCAACGGAAAGUGCAUCUGUGAUCCAGGAUUUGAGGGCGAUGAUUGUUCCAUUCUAUCAUGCCCCGACAAUUGCAGCAACAGAGGUCAAUGCAUCAAUGGAGAGUGUGUGUGCGAUCUCGGAUACCAAGGCGAAGACUGUAGCGAGCUCUCCUGCCCAAACAAUUGCCAAGACCGUGGUCGUUGCGUUAACGGGCGGUGUGUGUGCGACAAAGGCUAUGCUGGAGAGGACUGUAGCAUCAAGACAUGUCCGAAAGACUGCAUGGGACGUGGAGAAUGUGUGGAUGGCAAGUGUGUGUGCUUUAUUGGGUUUACAGGUAAAGACUGUGGCGAACUGACCUGUCCUAAUAACUGCAUGGACCGUGGCCGCUGCGUGAAUGGACAGUGUGUUUGUCAUAAGGGCUUCACCGGUGAGGACUGCAGUGAAAAGACAUGCCCCAGAAACUGCCUGGACAGAGGCUACUGUGUCGAUGGUACCUGUGUAUGUUAUGAAGGUUUCACCGGCCUGGACUGUUCUGUACUGACCUGUCCAGGAGACUGCCAGAACCAGGGACGCUGUGAAAAUGGAGUAUGUAUUUGUGACGAGGGCCUCAUUGGAGAAGACUGCUCUGAGGUGUCUCCACCAAAGGACCUGACGGUGGUGGUGGUCACUCCGGAAACUGUGGACCUGUCCUGGGAGAAUGAGAUGCGUGUGACCGAGUAUUUGAUUACAUAUAUGCCCACGGCUGUCGGAGGUCUGGAACUGGACAUGAGGGUGCCUGGGGAUGUGAAGAUGGCCACAAUCCGGGAGCUUGAACCUGGUAUUGAAUACCUGAUCAAUGUUUAUGCCAUUCUCAACAACAAGAAGAGCAUUCCUGUCAGCGCCAGGGUGGAAACACACCUUCCCGAGCCUGAGGGACUCAAGUUCAAGUCAGUGCGAGAGACAUCUGUGGAGGUGCAGUGGGACCCAUUGAACAUUCCCUUCGAUGGCUGGAACCUCAUCUUCAGAAACACUAAAGAGGAGGAUGGUGAGAUUCUUAACUCCCUCGGCCGUCCAGAGACCACCUUUGAGCAGUCGGGCCUGGGCCCUGGCCAAGAGUACGAGGUCAAACUUGAGGUGGUGAAGAACAACAAGCGUGGACCGCCGGCCUCCAAGAACGUCUUCACGAUGAUCGAUGCCCCCACCCAGGUGGAUGUUCGUGAUGUGACUGACACCACAGCGCUGGUCACCUGGUUCCAGCCCGUCGCCUCCGUGGAUGGGGUCACUGUCUCCUAUGGGCCGAGCUCCAGUACUGCCGAUCGCAACGUGGUGGAGCUGUCCAACACCGACACCCAGUACCACCUGGCGGGUCUCAUCCCCGACACCCACUAUGAGGUGUCUCUGAUGGCUCGGAUGGGAGACCGGACCAGCAUUCCUGUCUACGAGUCCUUCCUCACUGACCUGGACGCCCCCAGAGACCUGCAGACGGUGGACGUGACAGAUGAGACCAUCACCCUGGAAUGGAAAAACAGCCAAGCUCAGGUCGACAACUACCGCAUCAAAUACGGACCCCUUUCCGGAGGAGACCACGGAGAGCUGCUGUUCCCCCCAGGACCCAAGGACACCACCCGGGCCAAGAUCACCGGCCUGAGGCCUGGCACUGAAUACGGGAUGGGUGUGACGGCGGUGAAGGGCGAACGGGAGAGUCUGCCCAGGACGACCAAUGCAGUGACUGCCCUGGAUGCUCCCAAGGACCUGACUGUUGCAGAAGUGACAGAAACCACCAUGAUGCUGGAAUGGAAGCGCCCCAUGGCCAAACUGGACUCCUACAGACUGGUCUAUGUUUCUCCUGACGGCCACCGAGACGAGGUGACGGUCCCAGGCAGCGCAGAGAUGCACAUCCUGAGGGGUCUGACGCCCGGGAUGCUCUACACCAUCAAGAUCACCGCCGAGAGGGGCCGCAGGACCAGCGCCCCGGCCACCAUCUCAGCCCCCACAGAGGAGGAGAAGCCGGUGGUGACCAACGUCACUGUCAGCGACGUGUCCUGGGACAGCUUCCUCUUGUCCUGGUCAGCUGACAACGGGGCAUUCGAGGGCUUUCUGAUUGAGGUUACCGAUGCAGAGACGGGCGCUGAGUGGCAAAACCACACAGUGGCCGCCGAUGCUCGCAGCCUCGCCAUCUCAGGCCUCAACCCCUCCACCUGGUACAGGGCCAAUUUGUACGGGGUGUACAGGGGGGCCAUCUUAGACCCUGUCUUUGCAGACACCAUCACAGAGACUGAACCAGAGGUGCAGAGUCUCCAGGUGUCAGACGUCACCCCGGACAGCUUUAGGCUGACCUGGACGGCCGAAGACGACGUGUUCGACACCUUUGUCGUAAUGAUCAGCGAGGCCGACGCCCCAUCCCAACCCCGAGAGCUGGUGCUCGGCGGCGAGGAACGAAGCACAGACAUUACCGAUCUGAACGAGGACACCGAGUACAAAAUCGAAAUCUUUGGGCUCAUUUUGCGAAGGCGCUCCAAAUCUGUAAUCGAAGGGGUGAGAACAGACCUGGGCUCACCCAAAGGCAUCCGAUUCUCCGACGUCACCGACACAUCGGCCACCGUUCACUGGGUGGUACCGAGGGCCCGAGUGGACAGCUACAGGGUCACCUAUGUCCCUGCUCAUGGAGGAAAUGCGAAGACGCUGACUGUGGACGGCUCUGAGUCUCAGACUGUGUUGCCCAACCUGACGCCCGGGGUCACCUAUGAGGUCACUGUGGUGGCCGUGAAGGGUCAGAGGGAGAGUGAGCCUGGGUCAGACAGUGUCACCACAGCUCUAGAUAAGCCUCGUGGUCUGACUGCAGUCAACAUCACAGACACUGAGGCUCUGCUGCUAUGGCAACCGGCCAUCGCCACUGUGGACGGAUAUGUCAUCACCUACAGUGCAGACAGUGUGGCUCCAGUGAUGGAACGUGUAUCAGGAAAUGUGGUGGAGUUUGAGAUGAGCUCCCUGACACCGGCGACACAUUACACCGUGAAGGUCUACGCCGUGAGGGAUCUGGCCAAGAGCGCAGCUACAACCACAGAGUUUACCACCGAUGUGGACGCCCCUCAGGAUCUGGCAGCCAGUAACAUCCAGACGGAGAACGCCAUGCUGACCUGGAAGCCUCCCCGCGCCGACAUCACCGGAUACAUCCUCAGCUUUGAAUCUGAAUCAGAUGGCGCCAUCCGGGAGGUGGUCCUCAGUCCCACCGCCGUGUCCUACAACAUGGCUCAGCUCAGCGCCUCCACUGUGUAUUCAGUCAAACUACAGGCCAUCGCCGGCCCCAAGAGAAGCAGAGUCAUCUCUACCGUCUUCACCACCACUGGCGUCCUGUACCGACACCCCAGGGACUGUUCCCAGGCUCUGCUGAACGGGGACAGCACCUCAGGCCUGUACACCAUCUACCUGGGUGGAGAUGAGAACCAGCCGGUCCAGGUCUACUGUGACAUGAGCACAGAUGGAGGCGGAUGGAUUGUUUUCCUCAGACGUCAGAGCGGUAAACUGGAGUUUUUCCGUAACUGGAAGAACUACACCGCCGGAUUUGGUGACAUGAACGAUGAAUUCUGGCUCGGUCUGUCCAACCUGCAUAAGAUCACAUCUGGAGGUCAGUACGAGCUGAGAGUGGACCUCAGAGAUAAGGGAGAAACAGCCUACGCUCAGUACGACAAGUUCUCCGUCUCUGAACCUCGGACCCGCUACAAAGUCCACGUCGGUGGAUACUCUGGAACUGCAGGUGACUCCAUGACGUACCAUCACGGGCGCCCCUUCUCCACCUACGACCACGACAAUGACAUCGCCGUCACCAACUGUGCCCUGUCUUAUAAGGGAGCCUUCUGGUACAAAAACUGCCACCGUGUCAACCUCAUGGGCCGAUACGGAGACAACAGUCACAGCAAGGGCGUGAACUGGUUCCACUGGAAGGGCCACGAGCACUCGAUCGAGUUCGCAGAAAUGAAGAUUAGGCCAUCCAACUUCAGAAACUUGGAGGGAAGGAGGAAACGAUCAUAAAGCACCGACAACAACUACAACAACAACAACCACCACACUGCUACUACUCCGUCUGGACUCCCCAUAAAACCACCUCAGAUCCCACACCCACCCACCCUGCAGCGACCAAAGCCACUGCCAAGCGCCCUGCUGCCUACGCGGAAAAAAAAACACCAACACAGCUUCCCUCCCCAUCUCAUUCGACCAGCCUCCCCUUUCCUCCGUGAAUCGUCGUGGAAAUGCUGCCUGUGCGGAAAUUGCAUGUUACAAACUGGACUUACAAGAUUCUUUCCACACACCAAAGAAAGCAAAAACCUGGCUAUGACUAAGUACUUUUGUUUUUUUGUGUUGCAGCAUUUGUUUGUGGGGAGGCGCGUGUGCAGCUUGGGCGUUACGAUGUGUACAGUCAUUAACACAGUCCUGCUAUAUUUCACAUCCAAGCCACGUGUAGUUGUGGGGGUUUCGCAGAAAAGGACAGGCUGUUUAUAGAACAAGGGGGUUUCUUUGCUAAAACUGAUCACAAAAAUCCUAUUCCUGGUACGUGUACAUGUAUACAUCUGAUUGAAACAUUUCUAAAGGGAUAUUCCUCAGAUGGCACUGCUCAGAUGUCAGACAUGUCCAUCUAACUCGCCAUUUGUCUGUCUUUGUGCGACCUAACUCGUCUCAGAGUCACUUUACCCCUCCCCUUUUCUCCUCCCCUACCCCGGUUCCUUCGUCUCCCCCACAAUGCUAGCCAACAUCUGAAGUGACAGAGAUGGGAAUAAAAAAAGAAAAAAAAAAAAAAGAAAUUUGAAUAGUAUUUUACCCUCUACAUCCCGUGUCCAUGUGGAUGCCAACGUUUCCAUUCAUAAUGUGAGCUCCUGAAGGCAUCGCAACCGCAGUAUUGUGUUUAAAAAAAAAAAAAAAAAGCAAAAAAAAAAAGCGAAAGAGCACAGAAAAAAAGAAGUCUUUCCAUUUGU